CGUUAAGUACUCUCUCCCUUUACGCCUUCCUCAGACUCUCGUCGCUCCUCCUCCUGACCCGCCCAUCUCCUCUAGGGUGGAAGAAGGGUGAGGGGACUGAGAACGCUGGGCUGAAUCUGAGGGACGUGUGAGCUCGACUCAGCUCACAGCUGAUUGCAAAAUUAUCUGGAACGAAUGCUUGAGCUUAGUCCUCUCUGUGCUGCAUAGCGUGUGGAGUGGUAGUGAGUCUGCUGAGAAUAGUCUUGAAGUUCAGGUUGACCUUGAACUUGCUACAUAGCCCAGGCUGUCCUUGAAUUUGUGGAGUUGGAUCCUCCUGCAUCAGCCUCUUGCACUACUCCCAGUGCUGGGAAUUCAGGUGAAUUAUACUUUAAUGUACUACAGAUUGUGUACUAUGGAUGGAAACUGUUAAAGUUUAUAAUGUCAAAAACUUUUCUUAGACAAAAGGUAUCUUCCAUGAAGGUGACAGACUGGGUAGAUGCAUCAUUUGAUGAUUUUUCAGAAACCACCGGCUUCUCUACUGUUCCUGCCACAUCUUUAGGGGUGAAUAACUCAAAUCACAGAAGAAAGAAUGUGCCUUCCACAUUGGAAAGCAGCAGAGCUCCAGCUGGAAAAGGAGGAAAGCUGUCUUCCUUAGAACAGAUUUAUGGUCCAGAAAAUUUUAAAGAUUAUUUGUCAGAAAGUGAACCAUGGGUAGAUAAAUAUAAACCUGAAACUCAGCAUGAACUUGCUGUGCAUAAGAAGAAGGUUGAAGAAGUUGAAAGCUGGUUAAAAGCUGAAGUGUUGGAACGGCAACGAGAACAGGGUGGCUCUGUCUUAUUAAUAACAGGUCCUCCUGGGUGUGGAAAGACUACUACUAUAAAAAUACUUUCAAAGGAACAUGGUAUAGAAGUACAAGAGUGGAUUAAUCCUGUUCUACCAGACUUCCAAAAAGAUGACUUCAAGGAGCUAUUUAAUUUUGAGUCAAGUUUCCAUAAAUUUCCAUAUCAGUCUCAGAUAACAGUGUUCAAAGAAUUUCUACUAAGAGCAACAAAGUAUAACAAACUACAAAUGCUUGGAGAUGAUCUGAGAACUGAUAAGAAGAUAAUCCUGGUUGAAGAUUUACCUAAUCAAUUUUACCGAGAUCCUCACACUUUACAUGAUGUUCUGAGGAAAUAUGUGCAGAUUGGCCGAUGUCCUCUUAUAUUUAUAAUUUCUGACAGUGCUAAUGGAGAUAAUAAUCAUAGGUUACUAUUUCCCAAAGAAAUUCAAGAAGAAUGUUCCAUUUCAACCAUUAGUUUCAACCCUGUGGCACCAACAAUUAUGAUGAAAUUUCUUAACCGAAUAGUGACUAUGGAAGCUAAUAAAAAUGGAGGAAAAAUUAUUGUCCCUGAUAAAACUUCUCUAGAGUUGCUCUGCCAAGGAUGUUCUGGUGAUAUCAGAAGUGCAAUAAACAGCCUCCAGUUUUCUUCUUCAAAAGGAGAGAGCAGCUUAUGGCCAAGAAAAAAAGGAAUGUCCUUAAAAUCAGAUGCUGCACUGUCAAAAUCGAAGCGGAGGAAAAAACCUGAUACAGUUUUCGAAAAUCAAGAGUUCCAAGCUGUUGGUGGCAAAGAUGUUUCUCUUUUUCUCUUCAGAGCUUUGGGGAAAAUUCUAUAUUGUAAAAGAGCACCUUUAACAGAAUUGGACUCUCCUCGGUUGCCCUCCCAUUUAUCAGAGUAUGAACGGGAUACAUUACUUAUUCAGCCCGAGGAAGUAGUAGAAAUGUCACAUAUACCAGGAGAGUUAUUUAAUUUAUAUCUUCACCAAAACUACAUAGAUUUCUUCAUGGAAGUAGAUGAUCUUGUGAGAGCCAGUGAAUUUCUCAGUUUUGCAGAUAUCCUCAAUGGUGACUGGAAUACGCGCUCUUCACUCAGGGACUAUGGCACAUCUGUUGCUACACGAGGUGUGAUCCAUUCCAACAGAGCCCGGGGAUUCGCUCACUGUCAAGCUGGGGGAUCAAGCUUUCGACCAUUGCACAAGCCCCAGUGGUUUCUAAUACAUAAGAAGUAUCGGGAAAAUUGCCUGGCAGCAAAAGCACUUUUUUCUGACUUCUGCCUACCCGCUUUGUGCCUCCAGACUCAACUGUUACCAUAUCUCACGCUGCUAACCAUCCCAAUGAGAAAUCAAGCUCAGAUUUCUUUUAUCCAAGAUAUUGGAAGACUGCCUCUGAAACGACACUUUGGAAGGUGGAAGACAGAGGCCCUGGAUGACAGGGAGGUGGCACCAAUGGACCCUGACAUCGGAGACAAGAGCAGGCCUGGGGAUGCACAAGAGGAGCCAACCCUGGCUCUCUGGCUGGAAACAGGGUCCUCACCCCAGAGUCAGAGCAGUGGGAGUGAGCUCCUAGCCAGCCAGCCCCAGCCUUUCACCUGGCAGCUAGAUGUGGAGGAUGACAGCGACGUGAUCAUAGAAGAGUAUGACAGUGACGCAACAUAGGAGCCCCUUCUGGGCUGACUGCACUGCCAGAUUCCUUGGAGUUUUCUUUGGUGGUAUUUGAACCGUUCCUGUUCAGUGAAUUACAAGCGGUUGUUCCUCCUCUCCUGGUUCAUCAAGAGGACCUGGCUCUCCUGCUGUCUUGGAGAGAUCAGACCUCCACGCACACUGAGUUCUUUCUCUAGUAUUUAUUUAGGCCUGCGACUGAGCUAGGGAGAGUUGUUGUGUUUAUACUAAACAUCAGAAAAUGUGAAGGAAGGACCUGGAAUACAAAAGUGAUACAGAGUGUUAUAAAUGAGUGUAAAUAAACUUUGUGCCUUAUUUACAGUUUGUCUCAGUCCUCUCAGAUGUUUCUUUUUAUAUGAUGUACAGUGCAGUAUUUUACUCUUGGAAAAAAUGUACUCAUCAGGUGUAAUGGUGCGUGUCUGUCACCCCAGUACUCAGGAGGCUGAGACAGGGGGGUCACUGUGAGUUCGAGGCCACACUGAGCUACAUAACAAGACCUUGUCUCCAAAUUUAAAAAAGGAAAGUAUGCGAUAAUAAUUUAUGCCAAGAUUAAAAUGUGGGAUUUCA